UUGUGCUUUUUUGACAAACGUAAACCAAAAACGUAUUUCUACAAAAAUAAUCAAAACAAAGCAAAAACAGUGAUUUUUCAAAUUGCAAUGAAUAACUUAUUAUUGUUAUCGUCUGAUAUUAAAUAAGAAACACGAUAAUGGCUUCGGUAAAAGUAGCAGUACGUGUGAGACCCUUUAACCAAAGGGAAAUUGAUAUGGAUGCUCAAUUAAUUAUUCAAAUGAGAGGAAAAACCACUGGUAUUCUAAAUAGCAAGGCAAAUGCAAGAGAUGAAAGCAUCCGGUACAAAGAGUUCACCUUUGACCACUCAUAUUGGUCUCACAAUGAUAAAACUGACUAUUAUGCCUCUCAAGAAACCGUUUACAAAGACUUAGGCACUGAAGUUGUUGACUGUGCCUUUGAGGGAUACAAUGCUUGUGUCUUUGCUUAUGGCCAAACUGGAAGUGGAAAGACGUUUACUAUGAUGGGCUCUCCAGACAAUCAAGGUCUUAUACCAAGAAUCUGUAAAGCCCUGUUUGAUCGGAUGACGGAAAAUUCAAAAAGAGGAACAACACACAGAGUGCAAGUCAGCUAUUUGGAAAUUUAUCAAGAGCGAGUGGCCGACUUGCUUUUAGACAAACGGCAGAAAGACGGAGGAACCCUCAAGGUUAGAGAACAUCCCAAAAAGGGCCCUUAUGUUCAAGGUUUAACUACUUGCUGGGUAACCAAUUAUGGACACAUUCAAGACUGUAUGGCUAGGGGCAAUUCUCAUAGAACGACAGCAUCAACAAAUAUGAACGAUGUAAGCAGUCGAAGCCACGCUAUUUUUACGAUAACUUUUGUGCAGGCAAGCUAUUGUGAUGGGGUGCCUAGUGAGACUGUUUCCAAGAUUCAUUUGGUGGAUUUGGCUGGAAGUGAAAGAGCGGAUUCAACUGGUGCUACUGGACAAAGAUUAAAAGAAGGGGCUCAUAUCAACAAAUCACUUGUAACUUUAGGCUCAGUGAUAUCUGCUUUGGCAGAAAUUAGUACCUUGGACCCAAAAGAACAGAACGGGCAAAAAAAGACUCACUUUAUUCCUUACCGAGACUCAGUACUAACCUGGUUGCUUAAAGAUAGUUUAGGCGGCAAUUCUAAAACUAUUAUGAUAGCCGCCAUCAGUCCUGCAGAUUGUAACUAUGGCGAAACGUUAAGUACGCUUCGUUACGCAAACAGAGCUAAAAACAUAAUCAACAAACCCACGAUCAACGAGGAUUCAAAUGUGAAAUUGAUCAGGGAACUCAGGAAUGAAAUUAGUAAAUUGAAAGCUCUUAUGUUUUGUGAGCAGCGAUCCGAUAUGCUCGCGCAACAGAUACAUGAAAAGGAAACGCGGGAAAAGGAACUGACAGAGGAAUGGACGGGGAAAUGGAGGGAAGCACAAGCGAUCCUGAGGGAACAAACUGCAUUGGGACUAAGAAAAUCUGGAGCUGGUGUAGUUUUGGAUUCUGAUAGACCUCAUUUGGUGGCUAUAGACGAUGAUCCUUUAUCUACAGGAGUCACUUUAUAUCAUUUAAAGGAAGGUACUACGACUAUAGGCUCAGGAGACUCCGAUACUAGGCAAGAUAUUGAGCUAAGAGGUGCUGGAAUGGAAACAGAACAUUGUACCAUAACUUUUAUAAACGGUACUGCAACACUUACUCCUAAACCUGGUGCCUAUGUCAUGUUGAACAAUCAAAUGGUAGAAUGCCCAGCCAAACUGUCCCAGGGGUGCAUUAUAUUUUUAGGAAAAGCUCAUGUUUUUAGAUUUAAUGAUCCAGCUGAAGCAGCCGAACUUAGGAAAAGUGAAAAAGCUCCCAAUUUAUCCAGACUUAGCCUCCUUAGCUGGUCCACGCCAGAUUUAGCAGUCUCAAUGGAAAAUUUACAAAGCGCGGAAGAGGACAAAUCGGGCAUAGAAAUUCAGAAACAGACCCUCGAAAAAGAAAAAGAGCAAUUCGAAAAGGAACAGGAGCAGUUCGAAAAAAAUAAAGAGGAUUUUGAAAAGCGAAAACGCCGUCUGGAGGAGGCACAGGCUCAAUUAGAGAGUGAAAAACGGUUGGUUCAAAAAGAGCAUGCCGAACAGACAAAACAAUUGCAUGAUGAUUGGCGUCAGCUGAAUAAUCAACAAAACGAAAAGGAGUUGGAGUUGCGCCGAAAGGAACAAGAUUUGAUCAUGCAAAGAAACCAGUUGGAAAAAGAUAGAUUGAAAAUGUUAGGAGAGAUAAACCAAGACUGUGACAACUUGCAACAAAUGCGCUGUGAUUUUUUAUCCAAGUUUACAAAAAUGUGCAAUUUAGUUUCUUCGAAUGCUAACGAUAUUAUUUUUCCUGACCCCCAGUCCAAAAUUAUGUUUCAGGAACUGACAGCAAAAUCUCAAAUGACUCCACUAUCUGACUCCGAAUCGGACAGCCUGGUAGAAAUACUAAACAACAUUAGAGCCCCGGAUGUAAUUCAGAAACUUGUUAACGAACACAGAAAAGAAUUGGCGGAAUUACAAGCUGAACUGAAUAGACGAGUCCAAGCUCUUUGUGACCGUCAAAAAAGUAUGGAAGAAAUCGAUCAAAAGUUAAUUGGUUUAGUGAACGAUCAAGAAAGUCUAAGUAGCGAGAAAACUAGUAGUGAUAGCAGCCAUAGCGAUUUGCAACAACUUAAAAACAGUUUGGCCAAUAGAACUAAUGAAGAACUGUUGAAUAUUGAGCAGAAAAAGCUCGGCUUGACUCUCAAUCUAAAACGUAUAAACUCAGUCGAACCGUCCAAUAAUCCCUUAUCAGCCGACAACGAUGUUAAUACCACCUCACUGAGCAGCGCAACUUACCAUACAGCGCCAAACAGCUGCGGCUCACCCACGUUAGAUGGCGUACCUGUAGUCGGAAGUGGUGUCCCAGUAGAUCCUUUAAUGUGUGACAGUGGUGUGGAAUUGAGACCGCCCUCUAUCGGACGAUGCCAGGAUGAGAGUUGUGAUGAUUUGAGCAGCAAUGAGGGCGUUAUCAGCGAUUCCCAAUCAACGAGUUCCAUCGAAAAUCGUUCACCGGUAACAAAGAAAAACCGCAGGAGGGACGCGGAAGCGCUUAGAAGAUUAUCUCACAGGAUUGCACAAGUAAAGAACUCAAUAGUGCGAAACUUGGAUGGACAAGUGCCUAAGGAUCAUCUGGAUAAGCAAAUUGCGAACCUUCAAGAGCUUCAACGUCAAUAUAUGAAUUUGAAGUACGGUUGUCAUUCAAUGUUAGCUCCGGCACCCGAACAUCCUCUGCAAGAUAUGGACAGUCCAAGUCCCAUUAAACCCCUUCAUUCUGGAUCUACUAGUGCCUUAUAUACGUCAUCUCUACAAAUACAAAAUCAGAGUCUACCCUUAUAUAACCAGUAUAUGUACCGAUCUAUGCCUUCCAUAGCAAUAAGUGACGUGAAUUGUGAAUCCAUAAUCAACAUAAGUGGUUACCAUUUAAGAGGAGCAGGAACAAAGACUCAUUACGAAUAUGAAGUUAGAAUUUGGACUGUAGAUGACCGAUGGACAAUUUUGAGGAGAUACACUCGUUUUAGGGACCUUCAUAUUGCUAUGAAGGCUAGAUACAAAGAAAAGGUUGCUGCAAUAUCUUUUCCAUCAAAAACCUUAUUUGCCAAUACGGAAGCAGUGGCGCAGUCCAGAAAGCGUCAGCUAGAAUUGUAUUUGCAGAGAUUAAUAGAGACGUGUAAAACUCUGCCGUCAUGUCCGUUGGCGUAUGGCGGUCCAAUCACGAAAACGACCCUUCUUACCUUUUCACCCUUUUUCAGAAAAGGGGUGUUUGAAAAUGGCAAGUAUGGCACAUCAUGAUGGCUCUUUUUCGUUUUAGGGUCUUAAAAAGAUUUGCUUUAAAUUAUUAAGUAGCGGUUUUCUUUAGUUAGUGUUAAGCGGAUCUUAUUUGUUUAAAUUACUGGUUACUUAGUGGCCUUAGUAUUUUGUUGGACAUAUUGUUAUUAUGGAAAUACGGAAUUUCUUUUCCUUGCGUCACGAUUUCUAUUCUAUAUUUUUAAUUUAUAUUAGUAUUAGUUUUGUUAACUGUUGUCUCAUUUUAACGAAACCUAGUGCAAUGAAGACUACAUCUAAACCUGAUAACUUUACAGUUACCUCGAUUAACUCCAAAAAAAAGCUUUAGAUUUUCGGGUCAGUUUUUAAAAAAAUUGACUUUUUAUACAUCAGCUAUGUUUUAAUAGUUAUGACUAAUAAAUGUCUCUAAAAAAAAAUUGUGAUAAGUGAUAGUGUUUAAGAUUAGUCGUUUUUUUUUAACUUUGAUUUGUAUAUUAGAUUUGUUGUAAAAAAAUUUAUUGUUAAACCGAAUUUAAUUAUAUUUUUAUUAUCCUUA